AUGGAAACUGCUAUGGCAGACGACUUCGGACUAGAAUGGCUGCUUCGGAAGCGGGGUGAUUGCAUAGAGAGAGAGAGUUCGAGACUGAUCACUCGUCAUUCGUAUCAGCACAACUGCCCGAAAUCCGUUCAGUCUUGCCAGGCAGCAUCCUCGUCGAGAUCAACCAAUCAUUCCGAUCACUUCACAGAUUUAAGUUGGGCCAAAAUCAGCCGGUCGACUGUCACAUCAUCGCACGUCGACAGUGCCCAUCGGGCCAUAUGCUCUAAUCAACACAUGAUCCGACCACCUUCCACUCGCUACUCUUCUCAACUCAUAUUCAGCUUUCCCCAGAAGAGACAUUGUGUGCCGUGUCGACAGGGCACAUUGUUGGAAAAGCAGUCGAAGACUGUGUAUUCUCCUUCAACUUGGGAUGAUCGACAAGAAAUGGCAUACUUGAGAGGAAAAAUCAGACAAAAGGAGAGGAAAUUGCGAGGGGAAAUAGAAGAAGAAGAAGCUAAAACUGAAUUUUCUAGAUUGAAGUUUGCUCUGCAUCGAGUGCGCAAUGAGGGUGUUCCAUAUCUCAGAACAAGUGCCGCUCUUGACAGUCUUAAACGUCUACAGGCUGAGGCAGAGUUCUGUUGGGAACCUUCCAGUUGCAGACGAUACCGAAAAUAA